CGAAAUUCGGCCACAAAUUAGGCACGAGGCUGCGGCAAUGCCGGGCACUUCCCCCAUGGCACCUACUGGUACCGCGCUGGAGUGGUGCGUGGAAGUGCUGUAUCCCAGCAAACCACGAACCUCCAAAGCGUCCACCCCUGUCGAGUUGCGUCUUCCCCCGCGGAUCAGUCAGGAGCAAGUGUUGGAGGCGAGUCGUCUGCUCGCACGGUACGAGUCGGAGGCCUGGCAAGAGGGGAUCUUCAAAUGGAGACCCUUUUUUUGGAGUACGCUGUACGAGACUCCCCCGGCGUGGCUGGGGAUGCUGCUCUGCUACGGGAAGGACGGCCCGCGCGCGGCCUACAACCGGUUUAUCGCGAUCGGCGGAUUCCUCCCCGGCGAUAUCCAGGGCAUCAACGGCAGUUGGGCCCUGGCGGUGCUGGUGCUGUGGAUUUUGGUGCACAUUGACCCAGCGCUGUUCUUCGCAGCCGGAAGCGGUACUAACAAUCUGUACGCUUUCCACUGGAUGGACCUGGUCACCCUGCUCACCUUCCGCCUGAUGCGCGCCUGUUCUGUCGGGAUGAAGUAUGGCUACUUCAACGACAGCGAGCUGGCCGUGAUCAACAACACGGCGGCCUACGGGGGCGAGGCCAAGAUGGUGGCCCGGCGGCUGGGGGCCAGCAUCUUUUUCGACGAUGAAGGGGUGUUCGAAUACUCGUUACUCGAGCAGUUGUUCCUUGCGAGUCUGCGUGCGAAGUGCCUCGGGGAUCUGCGGGCCGCGGUUUUCACACCGGCCUCGGCCGCGGCGGCCGAGGCCGCAAGCAUGAGCGCUGCCACGCGGCAACUACGGCAGUCCGACGUUGAGCUAAGGCGUGCGUGGGUGGAAGACUUCCUAGCGCAGACCGAGGUGAUGCACGACCGCUCGUGCUACGAACGCGCAAAGAAACAGUGCCUCUUCCAGGUUGAUUACGACUACGCGCGCGUGGGCAAGUUCGGAGACCUCGAGAGGCUGCUCAAUCUGACGCACGUGCGGGGCGAUGAAAUGCAAAAUGAAGUAGAUCAGACGACGGCGGAAAUAAGAUCUCACGAGCGUGUAGUCGUUGACUCAGAAGUCAAUAGCUCGUCGCCCACUGCAUGUCCCGUCGAACUACAACCAGCGACGCUUCCCGUGGGCGCGUUUCUGUACGCGCUCACCUGCCGGGCGUACCGUCCUCUACCGCCCCCGCGUCGCGGCCCACCGAACAUUAUCCGAUUUUUGCUCUUUUCCUACCUUUGCAUGUUCCUGUGCGGGUGCUGCACGCGCAAGCUGCAGUAUGGCGUGUGGUUCGGCGACUCCGAUGUGGAAAUCUGGAUGGGAGUCGGGCGCUACCUGACCAUCGCGACACACAACUGGGUGAUCCUCCUCUACGCCAGUUACCCCGUGAUGGAAAUGGGCCGGCGGUUGCGACUCGCAAAGAUGCUGCUUGCUGUGUUUGGUGACGCACUGGCGCUCGCAGAGUUGGAGCAGAAGCACCGAAAAAGGAGAGGCAAAACAACGCCCCCGCCGGGCAGAAUAGACCAGGCGGGCAGAAUAGACACAGAAAGUGCCUCGAGAGGAAACUCUUCGUUUAUCAUGUCCACGAAAGAUGAACUUCUGUCAUCCAGUCACGCCGCGGGCAAGAGUUCCAGCGCGGCGGAAGGAGUUAGAAAAGACCAAAGAUUCUCGGUCACGUCUUUUCGUUCUGGCGGGACAACGCUAUCCUCUGGGAGUUCUUUUGGGCCACCUGGAGAUAGUUUUUCUUCGGCCAGGCGUCGGGGAUCAAAAUUUAAGGAAGUGUUGCAGGAGGUGAAUGCCAGCGCGGAUCUGGCUGGCGGCGACUUAAUUGUUGGGACCGAGGUUCUGGAACGGCACCUGUCGCUGCAGGAGCAGGCGGUGCAGAAACUGACGGUCGCGUCGACGGUUUCCAAGGCGGUAGUCAAAUUCAAAAGCUUGAAGAAAGCAUCAAGUAACAACUCGAAAGUCUACGCCAUCGCCGGCGCUCGUCCUGCCGGAGACGCAGCCGCUGUAUACCAGCAAGGGUCCUCGUGCGAGAACGGAAAUCGCGCUGGAGACGAGGAAGGAGAAGAGGCGCUCGGAAGAGAAAGCAAGGAUUUUAUCAUCGCGACGCCCGAGGAACGUGAGGUUGGAACCGAGACGAGUACGAGGAAGACGGAUUUACACACUGAGAAGAUGUUGAACUCCGUCAAAAGCGAAGAUGCGGAAGAUUGGAUUCGCGACGAGUCCCGACCAGCUGAGAACGCAGCGCCAACGACCGUGGACGACACAAGUCCACCAGAACCUGAUACCUAUUCGGACUACGAAUUUAUCGCCCUUCAUCCGAUCGGUGUUGCCUCCACCUCCGACCUGAUUGCGCUGCAUACGACGCUAAAGACGGCCGGCACGGGCACCUUUUUUCUGAACUUUGGAACACGCUACUCGUCGGCGUUUGCGCUCAAUAUCAUCGCGUUUCUACUGUUCCAUGCCGGCUUGCUGGUCUUCUUCAUUUUGUCCACCGACCCCGUGCAAGGACAGCGCGGCACGGGGCCCUGGCGGUCCGCGCUGCACCUUCCGGUGUGCGUUGAGCUCGGAUUCGCACUGCUCGUGACGGCCGCUUCGACGGUCGUUACAGUUACUUUAGGCGCGAUGGCGAAUUCCUGGCUGGAGCGCGUGCCCCUGCUGUUGCGCGGCAUGCAGGCGCGAAAGCUCCGGCGGCUGCAGCAGCUCAAGCAGGAGACAAAAGCAACGGCUGCGGAACAUGGUGGGCGGGAAGAGAAACCCACAAAUGGUGCGGAGAAGCCCACAAAUGGUGCGGACGCAACGACAAAGGAACUAGACGCCGAGCAAAAAGAAGCCGAAGAGUUUGUCAAUUACGCCGAAUACAUGAUAGAGGACAUACUGAUGCGGCACGAGAUCGAACCCAUUCGCUUCCUCUACAUGCGCUGCACGUAUACGGUGCUACAAGUCAUGUAUUCUCUGAUCAGCGUGGUACUUAGUUCGCUGGUUUCCGCACUUUUCACACGAGGAUACAUGUCUAUCACUUCGACACAAACAACACAGAAUCGAUCAACCUAAACAUGGCAAACCACAUCCGGAAACCGGCGGCCAACUCUUUUGAGUUAUGAUGCCCUGCCUCCGUAAUGGCCAUAGGCUCUGAGGGCUGAAGGAUUUUUCAUAGGACUAGGAAACAUGAAUCAAC